CACUCGUCUUUCUUUCUCUUCAUCAUCCAGAUAUCCUACUCCACAGCUGCUGAAGCUUCUACUCCUCUAUUUUUUGGUUCUUCUGCGUCUUCACUGCUACUGCAUCGUUUUUUUGUCCCACUUCCCACUUUUUUCGUCUGCCAUGUCUACAUCAAGUGCUUCCAUACUUUUGCGACAAUACAAAGAACUCAACGAUCCUAAAAAGGGCAUACCUUCUUUUCAUAUCGAGUUAGAAAAUGGCAAUAUAUUUUCUUGGAUAGUUGGUGUCAUGGUCUUAAAUGAAGACAGCGUCUAUCAUGGAGGCUAUUUCAAAGCUCAAAUGAAAUUCCCAAACGAUUUUCCUUAUUCUCCCCCAACUUUCAAAUUCACUCCCCCAAUUUACCAUCCAAACGUUUAUAAAGAUGGAAGAUUGUGCAUCUCUAUCUUGCAUCAAUCUGGUGACCCAACCUCUGAAGAACCCGAUGCUGAAACUUGGAGACCCACUCAGAGUGUUGAAAGUGUCUUGGUCUCCAUAGUUUCUCUCCUAGAAGAUCCAAAUAUCUCCUCUCCUGCUAAUGUUGAUGCUGCUGUUGAUUGGAAAAAGAACAGGUCGAGUUACAAUUCCAAAGUCAAAACAGAAGUCGAAAGAUCUAAACAAGAUAUCCCUGACGAUUUUAUCAUGCCCACCUCAAAAACAGCUUAUAGCGCUUCUAAUCCAAUCAACUACGAUAACAAUGAUAUCGAUGAAGAUUUUUGGUAUAGCAACGAUGAGAGCUUCGAUGAUGAUGACGAUAAUAUUCUAAUGAACGACUUUUCAGAUAACGAUAUGGAAGACGAAGAAUACGAAGAAGAAGAUGAUGACUAUUCUCAAACUCAUAACUCAAAUACAAAUAAUAAUAGUAAUAGUAAUAGUAAUAACAAUCAAGAUAACGCUAAAAUAUCAAAAGCAAUAAAUAUUUUGAGAAAUCAAAAUCAACAAAUAUCAUAAUCAAUUCUCUUACUUCAUCACUAUAAUAAAUUCUUUUUUUAUUAUUAUUAUUAAUUUUUCUUUACAAUUAAUUAACUAAUCAAUUAAAUUUUUAUUAUUAUUACCCUAUUAUUAUUACUAUUAUUAUUACUAUUAUUAUUACCAUUCCCAUUUCCAUUUCAG